GCACCUGCGCCUGUAUGUUGCUAACCAACGGCGGCCUUCGCGUCGGUGGUUCGCGUGCAGCAGCAGCAGCAACAGCCAGAAACGGACCACGCGCACCGCAGGGAUACCUACUAUAUAGUGUAAGCGAACCUAUACAUGUAUAUACGUAAAAACGUGUCAUCGCAUUUGGCAGGCGCAAGAGGAGUGAUAUAUGUAUACGAACUCGCCUUGGCUUGGCUAAUGUAGCGAAUUUUCUGCACAAGUCGAACGCCGCGCGCGCAGCAGCAUAGUGUAUAGUAUAUAGAUAUAGCAGCAGCCUGUCUCCGAUACUAGCCCCGCAGCGUUGUGUACAACGCCAGUCAGUGUCGUUUUGCAUGCGAGACGGAGAGCAGUGUGCAGUGAGUGCAGUGCAGUGCGAAUCGUGGUGCGCUGCUCGAGGGGGAUAUUAUUAUUAUGCGUGUCGUUGUGCAGCAUGACAUUUUCUCGGCACUGACCGACAACGACGAAGACGACGAUACAAUACGUACGAUUAUCCCCGAUUCUCUUCGGAGCAGUCCGCGCUGCUGCUCGAUAGGAGCUGCUGCUGCCUCGGCUUAUGUAGUGUCAUAUAGCUGAGCAAUCGUCGUCAGGCGCGGUUAUGAUCUGACGAUACAAGAUACAAGAGUGAGAGAGAGAGAGAAAGAAAGAAAAGGGAAGCAAUCGCACUCGUAUACAUAAGCAGAGAGGCAGUGUGUUAUUGUUGUGGUUGAGUGAAGGUAGUGUGUGUAUGCUGUAUCCAUUGUAAAUAUAUAUAGAGUGUCUGUGCGGCAGUGAUAAUAAUAAAAAUAAGUGUCGUGUGUGCACCUACAAUACAUGCUCCAAAGACACAAAUAAUACAUAAAUAAAAAAAAGAAAAGAAUAAAAGAAAGAAAGAAAGAAAGAACGAAAACGGAGCACGCGUCGGAAGAGUGUCGCUGAUAAGGCGCGUGUGUUGCACGCUGCUGCUGCUACUGCUACUACUGUGUAUUAUAACGUGUAGAGAAAAAAACAUUUUUUUUGACACUCCACUGCGCGCUGUUCCUCGAAAAUGGUGUCGAUCAUCAAGAAUCAGCUGCUCAAACAUCUGUCUAGAUUCACAAAAAACUUGUCUGCUGAUAAAAUUAAUUUGAGCACAUUCAAAGGAGAAGGAGAACUCACAAACUUGGAGCUUGAUGAAGCUGUGUUAACUGAUUUAUUAGAAUUGCCAUCAUGGUUGAGAUUGACAAGUGCUUGGUGCAACAAAGUUACUUUCAGGAUACAGUGGACCAAGCUGAAAAAUGUUCCUAUAUUUUUGAUUUUGGAUGAAGUCCAUGUUGAAGUUGAGACAUGUGAGGACUUGAGGGACAUGUCUUCUGCACACGGUUUGGCUUCUUAUACUGGGCCAGCAAAAUAUUCGUACAUACAUAAAAUAAUUGAUGGCAUAACAGUUACUGUCAAUACGGUUUCUGUUACCUUCAAAAGCCCUGCAUUUAUUGCUAAAGUUCAGAUGACUAGAAUACUAGUAGAAUCAAAAUCUCCAACGUGGCAAAAGUGUGAUUUGAGAACAACCAGGGUUAAAGAUCCUGAUAGAGGGCAGUUAUUAAUAUUUAAAGAACUCGAAUGGCAAACUGUGAGAAUUGAAGCACAUAGUACUGUAGAUAAAGAUCUCACUCCCCUAAGACUUCUUACAAAUCAAGCAAGAUGUAGAGUUACUAUCAAGAAAAGACUUUCUGAUUGUUUUGUGAUGGGAUCACGACUGGUCAUAAUUUUAGACGAUCUCUUAUGGGUCUUAACUGAUUCACAGCUCAAAGCAGCAUUGCACUUUAUAGACUCGUUAGGCGGACUGAUCGAAAGAGCUACCAGUUUAGAAAGAAAAACUAAGGCAGCCAGGAAGUUAGAUGAAUUGCCGGAAUAUCAAGCACAAAUUUCGCAACAAACGAGAACCAGAAACUCAAGCAAUACCGCAAUUGGAAAGAUAUUUACCAGAUACGAUGUCGUGGAAACGUCGUAUCACUUUCUUUCUCAAAGAAUAGACUUGCAUCUCUGUGAUGAUAUGGGAUCCGGUAGAUCACUGCAUCCCGAUCUGAAGGAAGGCGGUGCCCUACAGAUUUCACUUACCAAAUUCCAAGUAGAUUUUUAUCCUUAUCAUUUGGCUCUGGCCGAUCGCAAGCACUGGGCAUUGUACAAAGAGAGCGCGACGCCACACAGCCAGUGGCUGCAGCAGUCUCUCAAUUCAUUCCGAGGCCAGUUCAUGGAUCUUAUCGAUUCUGGACGGGCUCAGCAAUCGCCGUUAAACAAAAGUCAGGGCAACAGUACUAGUUCGGAGAAAGAUGUGGAGAAUCGUGAAAAAUCAACAAGCAAUCAAAAUCAAAACUCGACGUCUCAAGAGCCUAAGAAACCGUCUCAGCAUCCGAGCGGAAAUCCCGUUAAAAACUACGUAUUAGAGCAAUUAGCGAAACUCAUGACUACCUGCAUCGUGAUCAGAAUAGACGACUUUACGCUGUACAAAGUUACUACGUCCGCGAGGAAAGCAGCGCCGAAAGAAUUCAUCUCAGCGCAAUCGAGGAAGAAACACGGCUCAGGUGAUCGCGAAAGAUUUUACCUGCCGGAAGAUGUUAACAUAAUUCAUGCCGAGUUCACCUAUUACUACUAUCCUGGGGACUUGAAUUUUCCAUCGCCACCACCCAAGUUUUAUGUACAGCUGAAUCCUAUUCAAAUUAAUUUUGACCUUUCUUCCUGUUUAUGGUUCAAUUCUUUUCUUUUGAACCUUUAUCAUUCAUUAAUGAGCAAUGGUAGCAACAUGGCGAGCGCAAAUUCAAAUCUGAUGUAUUUCGAUGUUAAAAUUGAAGCUAUUUUACCUAGAGUGAUAUUUGAAAGUCAACAAGAUUAUCCGAAUCAAAAAGACCGGCCAAAAUCGUUGCACUUGCAAACUUCGAGAGCAACAAUUACGAACGUCAGAUCUUCGGAACGAUCAUCCAGAGCCGAUUUAGCUCAAUGCCUCAACGCUUUCCAAAUGGGCCAGUUAUUUUUCGGCACGGAAUAUCCCAACAGGCCCGACGAUUACAACGUGAUCAGCGAAAAGUUUUUGGCUCAUUGCGCAGGCGCGGACUGCGUUCGAAAGAUUCCCGCGGACUUCAACAGCAACUCGGUCGCGGAGAUGGUCAAGCAGCUGACGCGCGAGCUGCUCUGGACCGAGGCCAAGGACGUCUGGUGCUGCAAUCUCGAGCCGGUCUGGGGCGACUUCUUCGGCGCCCGAGCCGUCGGUCAGAAUCGGCCUGUUCCGUUUUUGGACGCGUUCCCGCUGACCCUCUGGGUGCACAUCAAGGAGCCCGGCAAUCCGGAAGUGCCGUCCGACGUGCCGGACGUGCAGGGGCUCGCCUACAUCGGCAACCUGAUCAGCGUGCAGAUCAAUCACUAUCAGUAUCUGUUCCUGCUGAGGCUGUCGGAGCAAUUGGCCGAGCUGGCGACCUACAUGUCGAUCGAUUCCAACAAGAUUCUAAAAGUCGAGACUGGAGGUUCCAUGGUCAUCGGUGCCCUAGUUCCGCAAGUCGAAGUGACCUUCAUAAUGCCGUCGCAGACGCCGGGCAAGGAGAACUCGGGCGGCGAUCUCGAGUCGGUGGUGCCCGACACCUCGUCGAUCCUCGACGACGUCGUGGGCUUCGGUACCGUCGGCGCUGGUGGCGUGGGAAAUUCCGGCCCGACCCUCUGGCAGCACGCCGUCACGGCUCGAGUGGAUUACAGCGCCAAGCGCAUGAACACGAGCAACGACGUCGAGACGCCGCAGAGCGAGAUAUCGUCGAUGCUGUCGAUGGACUUCGGAGCCACUGCCGCUGCCCACAAUGCGAACACCACGUCGCAGCCCAGCGUCACCUUCAAGAACGUCAAUCAGAACGGCGACGAGGUCGCGGUCGGUGCCACGGCCGCCGCCAAGCAGCUAUGGUCCAAAUCCAGCGGCAACGACGAGAAGCCCAAGCUGGCCCGGGGCGACUCGGUGGCUAGCGGCAUCAUCCCCAACAACUUCAACGUCAAUCUGUCUUCCAUGAAGAAGGGCUUCAGCAAUCUGAUGACGUCGCUGGACUCGGCCCUGAAACCGUCGCCCGAGGACGGUAGCGACACCAUAUCCAUGCAGAGCGACGUGAGCUCCGACAGCGAGAACUACCUCGUGGUGUCGCUCGAGGACCAGGAGAAGAUCGACGCCGUGUUCAACGUCGACAAUUCCAUCCGGAUAGCCGCCGUCGAGGAGGCGAGCGAGGUCGUCGAGGAGACGCCCGACACUCAGAGCGAGAAGUCGCUCGACAGCGUCUGCAAGCGAAAGGAUCUCGUAUCGAUGACGACCUUCAAGCUGUCCAAAGUCGAACUGAUCCAGCAAUCUUACGGCUUCUCGUCGGCGAUCAAAGUGCAAGUCUGCAACGUAGCGAACGACGAGUGUUCGUCCAUACCGUGGGACGAGUUUCAGGCCAAAAGAAAGACGAAAUUCAGCUCGCGAUCGAGGGGCUGGGUGGAACUGCCCUCGGACUCGGACUGUCGAUCGCGCGUCAAGCUGCGGCUCGAUCACUGCCUGAAGAAUCGCGAGGACGAGCGUCGCCUGUCGGCGGCCAGCCAGCUCGCCAGCAUGAACGCCGACUGCAAGGAGCGCGUCAAGCUCACCUCCGGCAUCGACUUCCACGACAAGGAGAGCGUGAUGAACAUGUUCGAGGACAAGAUCGACGUCAAGGUGGCCGACGUGCCGCUGUCCCUGUCGAUGAGCUUCGUCACAGGUCUCACCGACCUGAUCGAGGACGAAGUGAUUCCCAAACCCAUUCCGAUGAAGGUAUUAUUAGAGAAUAUAACGUUACGCUUGAACGAAGACCGUCCACCGAACAAUAUAACGUCGCCCGGACCGAUUCCCAUCGAUUUGAACGUGGCCAAGUUGAAAAUAACGAGGGACGAGAGCGGAGUCUUUAAUAUCGAGCCAGCAGACUUUUUAGUAAGUAGCAUCCGGGAACCCACCUCCUCCAGCAACAAGACUCGCAUGUUGACGAGUCCCCAGGUGUCGAAGUUCGUCGAGCAGGAGAUGGAGAUCAACGCCUUGAAAGAGUUCAGUCAGCAGCUGAAGGCCGACAACGAGGAGCUGCGCCGUCGCCUGUCCACCAUGGAGCGCCUGUCCGAGGAGAACUCGAAGCUCCGCCGCGUCAAGGAGGAGCUCCGGUCCUGCCUGAACGCGGCCCAGGAGGACAUAUCGGUGCUGCUCAAGGAGAAGCGCAUACUGCAGGAGUCGGUGAUGGACCUGCAGAAUCAGCUGCCGGGCGCCGGCGUCGGCGCGUUCGGCGGCCUGUCGGGCAGUCGCGGCUCCGUCUGGUCCAACAAAAGAUAGCACACCAGCUGUUUCGACUGCUCCAACUGCUGCAGUUCCAGUAAGUCGUAGUAGAACAGAAAAAAGAAAAUUAAGGAAUGCCUCGCGCUCCGUUCGACGCGAAGCAUCGCUUUAAUUUUUUUUUUUUUCCAAGUACGCAAACAGCAAACCAAUUCUUACGGUAAUCACACGAUUUUAUGGUGAUGUACGAUAAAUUAGAUUACAAUUUUGCAAUGCAUUUUCGUUAUGUUUCGGACGCCUCGGCGACGGAGGCGUCGGAAGAUAUCAUGAUGGCCAAUCGUCAUUGUACGAGAGUGAACUUUUUUUUUUAAAUUACCGCAAUAAUGUACUUUAGUGGCUAGAGACUGCACUUAUUUGGUUGCACAAUGAUAAAAUAUAUUACGGUGAAAAUAUGGUUUUGAAACUAGUAAGAGUAUACGUUUCUUAACAAAUUGAAAUAUUCAAUCAUUUUUAUGUGUAAGCGUGAUUAUUUUUUGGUAAAUAGAUUUAACGACACUUUUUGUUACGUUGUUUGUUUUUUUUUUUAAUAGGAGUUGUGUAUUAGUCGAUGGUAGAAAAAUGAAUUUCGCCGAAAGUUUGUCAUAAAUUGAUUGUACGUGAAUUUUUUUGAAUUGUAAAUAUAUACUCCGGAAGUAUUAAAAAUUUUUUCCGAUUCAAUUCGAUUCGAUA